UUAAAUCACAUAGAAGACAACGUCGCCCCGAAGUCCCGACAACCUUUGGAUAUCCUCGCAUUCCUUCCAUUUCUUAAAUUAGCCCCGCUCAGCUUCGAGAUACCGCCGCCAAUUUCAGUGUCGGUACGGAGCCGCCAGGCCGGGACAGAGACGGAGAGAGAGCCCUCGGCCAUGGAAGCGCUCGGACCCGGCCCGCCUGCCCCCCCCUCCCUCUUCCAGCCCCCGCGGCGGCCCGGAUUGGGCACCGUGGGGAAGCCCAUCCGCCUGCUGGCCAACCACUUCCAGGUGCAGAUCCCCAAGAUCGACGUCUACCACUAUGACAUCGACAUCAAGCCGGAGAAGCGCCCGCGGAGGGUCAACAGGGAGGUUGUGGACACCAUGGUUCGGCACUUUAAGAUGCAGAUCUUUGGGGACCGGCAACCGGGGUAUGAUGGGAAGAGGAACAUGUACACAGCUCACCCGCUGCCCAUCGGGAGAGACCGGGUGGAUCUGGAGGUGACGUUGCCGGGCGAGGGUAAGGAUCAGACGUUUAAGGUGUCCCUGCAGUGGGUGUCAGUGGUCAGCCUGCAGAUGCUUCUGGAAGCUCUGUCGGGACACCUGAACGAGGUCCCGGAGGACUCGGUGCAGGCCCUGGACGUCAUCACCCGCCACCUGCCCUCCAUGAGGUACACCCCGGUGGGGCGCUCCUUCUUCUCCCCGCCGGAGGGGUACUAUCACCCCCUUGGUGGGGGGCGGGAGGUGUGGUUUGGCUUCCACCAGUCGGUCCGUCCUGCCAUGUGGAACAUGAUGCUCAACAUUGACGUGUCGGCGACGGCGUUCUACCGUGCCCAGCCAGUGAUCGAGUUCAUGUGCGAGGUGCUGGACAUCCAGAACAUCAACGAGCAGACCAAGCCCCUCACCGACUCACAGCGUGUCAAGUUCACCAAGGAGAUCCGCGGUCUGAAGGUGGAGGUGACGCACUGUGGGCAGAUGAAGAGGAAGUACCGCGUAUGCAAUGUCACCCGCCGCCCAGCCAGCCAUCAGACGUUCCCGCUGCAGCUAGAGAACGGCCAGGCCAUGGAGUGCACGGUUGCGCAGUAUUUUAAACAGAAGUACAGCCUGCAGCUGAAGUACCCCCAUCUGCCCUGCCUGCAGGUGGGGCAGGAGCAGAAGCACACCUAUCUGCCCCUGGAGGUGUGUAACAUUGUGGCAGGGCAGCGCUGCAUCAAGAAGCUAACCGAUAAUCAAACCUCCACCAUGAUCAAAGCCACUGCACGGUCCGCCCCUGACAGACAGGAGGAGAUCAGCCGGCUGGUCAAAAGCAACAGCAUGGUGGGCGGGCCUGACCCCUAUCUGAAAGAGUUUGGCAUCGUGGUGCACAACGACAUGACGGAGGUGACAGGGCGGGUCCUCCCAGCGCCCAUGCUGCAGUAUGGGGGCCGGGUGAGUACAGACACUGGGAGGGACUGUGGCCGGGGACUCUCUCCGCAGAACAAAACAGUGGCCACGCCCAAUCAGGGCGUGUGGGAUAUGAGGGGGAAGCAGUUCUACGCCGGCAUCGAGAUCAAGGUGUGGGCCGUCGCCUGCUUCGCCCCUCAGAAGCAAUGCCGAGAAGACCUGCUCAAGAGCUUCACUGACCAGCUACGCAAGAUCUCCAAGGACGCAGGGAUGCCCAUCCAGGGCCAGCCCUGCUUCUGCAAAUACGCCCAGGGAGCCGACAGCGUGGAGCCCAUGUUCAAACACCUCAAGAUGUCCUACGUCGGGCUGCAGCUCAUUGUGGUCAUCCUCCCGGGGAAAACUCCUGUCUACGCGGAGGUGAAGCGGGUGGGGGACACUCUCCUGGGAAUGGCCACUCAGUGCGUGCAGGUGAAGAACGUGGUGAAGACCUCCCCCCAGACCCUGUCCAACCUCUGCCUGAAGAUCAACGCCAAGCUGGGCGGAAUCAACAACGUGCUGGUGCCCCAUCAGAGGCCCUCGGUGUUCCAGCAGCCGGUCAUCUUCCUGGGGGCGGAUGUGACGCACCCCCCCGCGGGGGACGGGAAGAAGCCCUCCAUCGCGGCCGUGGUGGGCAGCAUGGACGGCCACCCCAGCCGCUACUGCGCCACGGUGCGCGUGCAGACGUCCCGCCAGGACCUGUCCCAGGAGCAGCUCUUCAGCCAGGAGGUCAUCCAGGACCUCACCAACAUGGUGCGAGAGCUGCUCAUCCAGUUCUACAAGUCCACCCGCUUCAAGCCCACGCGCAUCAUCUACUACCGGGGCGGCGUCUCCGAGGGACAGAUGAAGCAGGUGGCGUGGCCAGAGCUCAUAGCGAUCAGGAAGGCGUGUAUCAGCCUGGAGGAGGACUACAGGCCGGGCAUCACCUACAUCGUGGUGCAGAAACGCCACCACACCCGGCUCUUCUGCUCCGACAAGGCCGAGAGGGUGGGUAAGAGCGGGAACGUUCCAGCUGGCACCACAGUGGACAGCACCAUCACACACCCCUCCGAGUUUGACUUCUACCUGUGCAGCCACGCAGGAAUUCAGGGGACCAGUCGGCCCUCGCACUACCACGUCCUCUGGGACGACAACUGCUUCACGGCGGACGAGCUGCAGCUGCUGACCUACCAGCUGUGCCACACGUACGUGCGCUGCACGCGCUCCGUCUCCAUCCCCGCACCGGCCUACUACGCCCGCCUCGUGGCCUUCCGCGCCCGCUACCACCUGGUGGACAAGGACCACGACAGUGCGGAGGGCAGUCAUGUUUCGGGUCAGAGUAACGGACGGGAUCCUCAGGCUCUGGCCAAGGCGGUUCAGAUUCACUAUGACACCCAGCACACCAUGUACUUCGCCUGAUCAACACCACCAGCAGAGGGUGCUCUUCUCCCUUUCUAUCAUUGCCUGUUUUCCCUUCCUCUCUCUUUCUCCCUCUCUCCGUUUUGUUUUUCCUCUCCCUCUCUUUCUUUCUCUCUCUCUCUCUCUCUCUCUCGUUCCCUCUCUGUCUGGCUUGCUCUCUCUCUGCACCAAAGCGGUUGCGAAGCCAGGGGACCGCUCAUCUGUCCAGUAGAAAGGGCCGGUCCCAGUCGAGCCGCCUCCUACCAGCAAUCCCAGGAUUCUCAGAGGCACCGAGAGACCGUUGGUUUCCGAUGCACAGAGGGAAGAAAAACACAUUGAGCCAUUUUUAAGUUUAAGUUUAAUGUCUUCGUUUUUUUGUUAUUUUUCUUUUCUUUUGUAACACACUGAGCAUGAGCAAACGGGAGCCAGUAUAAGCAGACAGCUCUCAUCCUUACAGCUUACCUGGACUGUUCUUUUCUUUUUUUUACCUCAAGCUCAAAUGGGCUCAAAGAAAUCACUGUCUGGGGAGGUGGGAUGGGCAUGGGGUGUGCAUGUUAUGGGGAAGACGGUUGAUAAUGAGUUUCAUAUAUAAAUAUACACACACACAUGCAUAUAUAUAUAUAUUUUUCUUUUUUUCCGUGAUUGUGUUCUAGCUCUCCUUUUUUGUCUUUUACAAGCGAGGUGACCUGCUUAUCCACACCCAUAAUUACUCUCCCGUUUUGUGUUGAGCGAGUGUUUUACGUGUACGUGUGUGUGUGUACGUGCGCGGGCGUGUGUGUGUGCAUUUCAUGGCGGGCCACUGAAUUGUAAAGGAAGGUUGAGGUGGAGUUAACUGCUGUAAAUGCCUCAGAUUUAAUGUUUUUAUAUACAUAUAUAUAUAAUUAUACACAUCUAUAUAAACAAAUUUAAAUGGACAAUUCCGCCGGCUCGCCGGAGCAGGUGGCUGUGUGUAGCAGUAGCACCGUCUGUGUUCUGGCCUGUGUAGGGCGGGGCGGGGGAGAGGGCGACCACAGUUUGGGCGGAGCCCGGGUUUGAUUGGCACGGGCCGGUGGACCCUCCCCCACCCCCUUAGUCUCCGCCCGUUUUACAGCACUGACGAGGGGGGCCUCCUCUUUUCUUAUGCAUUUAUAAAUGAAAACAAGAAGCAGAUUUGUAAGAGUUUAAUAUAAAAUGUUUUGUGGCUGUUGUUAGAGUAGACUAUCUUUGUCGUCGGUAUUAUGAUUCUUUAUUGUGAGUAAUGGUGUAGUAAGCAGGCCAGGCUGUGGUGUGUGGACGGAUGCAUUAAAAAGGGUU